AUGGACAAGACUAUGUUUAUCAAAAAGUCAGGAAAAGAACUCCUAGUUGCUCAAGUGUAUAUUGAUGACAUCAUCUUUGGGGGCCAACCUCACUCGAUUAUAGCUUCAUUCAUAGAACAAAUGAAGAUUAAAUUUGAAAUGAGUAUGGUGGGUGAAAUAUCCUUCUUCUUUGGAUUUCAAAUUCUUCAAUGUAAGUCUGGGAUCUUCAUCUCACAAGAAAAGUAUGCAAGAAACCUAAUAAAGAAGUUUGAUUUGGAAAAGGCUAAGAUAAAACGAACUCAUGCUGCAACCCAACUUAAAGUCUCCAAGGAUAGCACUGGAGAAGAAGUUGAUGAUAGCCUAUACUGCAGCAUUAUAGGAAGCCUACUACUCUGGUACUCCUUCGACACAACACCUAUAUUAGCAGGAUAUUGCAAUGCAGAUUGGGUUGGAUGUGCUAGAUAUCGUAAGAGUACCUCUGAUGGCUGCUUCUUCCUCGGUUACAACCUCAUUGCUUGGUUCAGUAAGAAACAAAAUUGCAUCUCUCUUUCUACAACUGAGGCUGAAUAUAUAGCUGUUGGGAGUAGCUGUACUCAACUUCUAUGGAUGAAACAAAUGCUCUCAGAAUAUGACAUAUCUCAAGAUACUAUGAUCUUAUUAUCUAUGGAAAUACCUUUGUCUGAGGGGAAAAACGCAUGGGUCUUACAGUCUUCUAUCCAUAACAAGGCUCUUAAUUCUGACAGAGCUCUUACUCUCAGACAACGUUUAAUUGAAGGCCAAACACGUUGGGGAGCUGUGACUAAGGUCCCUAGGGAGUUCUGCUUUACUGACUGCUAUUGGAAGUGGCUAAAGCUUGUAGUUGAUUGA